AUGUCAUCCACUGGAUUCGAGACAGCUCUGAAUAUCCUCGAUGCUACCGCUGAUGGCGUCACCAUUGUUGCGCCAGCCGCCAAGCCUGCGUUCAAGGCUAUUGCCGGCCUCUCACCGUGGCAUCAGUUGAAGCGGGGCGACAAGGCACAGACAUCGACGCUCGAAAUUCUAGAGGACACAGCGCAAAUCAUGGAGGUAGACCUACACAAUAUCUUACAAACUGGUUAUGAUGGACUACGAACAGCAAGGGCAGACCUCGCCAAGAUGGGGGCGAUUAAAGCACUGAGAAAGCGGAAGCAGUUUAGCAAAUAUGCAACGAGCGCUGUGCAACUGAACGACACUACCGUGAGCUCGUCACAAGCGGCCAGGAGCCAGCGUAUGUGGAACAACAAGGGGUUGCCAAAUGGAUCGACAUCCGACAGUGCUUCCGCGCAAGCUCAAUCUCCAAAUCGUGGUGCCACUAACGCAUUGACGGAGGACCUAGUGCAAGACGAUACCGCCUCUGUGGACAUCACAUCCAUAUACGAGGACCCUUUCCGCGAGACGGCGUCGGUCAUUGUGUCCGACACAGCAUUCGGCCUAAGAUCGGAAUCUAUAAUGGAAGAAUCUGAGAGCAUCUACUCCGAGCCAGGCGACAUUGAUCAUGAUGAUAGCUUCCGUCUUCACACGCUCCGACAGUCUGGUUGUGCUCAGUGA